AUUGGCACCACGGGAAGGAAAAUAAAUGAAUAACAAAGAUAGUUUUGCUUUUAUUAUUCAAGCAAAAUCUACCUUCACUCGGGAUUUUAUGAUGCAAUUGGAGAUAUCGUUCGAUAUACAUGUACACUUUGAAUGAACACAAAAAGUGAAUGUAUAUUUGUUCUGCUUGAGGACGGUAGAUAAUUGGAUUCUACGUCAAAAUAAUUGAGUUUACAGGUUAUUGAUAUUUUGCUAUUGGACACCAACAAAACUACAGGAGAAAAAAUGGCGACUCUUGCCUUUCGUUAUGGUAUGGGGAUCAUACUGGCCGUAGUCGGUGCCCUAUCGGUCAUCUUAAACGGCCUCCUUUUCUUCGUGUGUUUGAAGAGAAACCGUCUUAGAACACCUCCACGGUAUUUCCUCAUUUCUCUGGCUGUGGUGGAUAUCGUUGCAGUGUUUGGGUGGUUGUCUCUAACCAUCGUUUCUUUAUUUAACGACGGAUGGAUUUUACCAUCCGAGGUCUGUAAACUCCAGGAGUACACCGUGUCUUUGUGUUUGUACAUCAACUCUCACUCCUUCCUGCUACUGGCUUUCGAGAGAUGCCUCUUAUUUGUUCGGCCUUCCAAACACCGUGAAAUCUUCAUAAACACCGUGGUUCUUAUCGUCAUAUUAGCUCUGUGGGCAUUCGAUGGAACUCUUUCCGCAUUUCCUUAUUUUGGAUGGGGAACAGUGAGUUAUUUUUCCAAUCAAUUUCAAUGCGCCAUGGAUUAUGAGAAAAACAUACGGGAAAUGAAUUUUGUUACCGUUAUGUGUUUUGGGAUCCCUAUUACUAUAUGUUUAGGACUUUAUUUGUUCAUUUUUAUAACAAUUCGGAAAAUCAAGAAGCGAGAGGAUGAUGAUGGAGCGCUUAUCGUAGAGCGGAACCGGAAAGCCAUAGGUGAUUCCUACUCACAAAGACUAAAGAACCAGCAGCACAAAUUCCAAAACGCUGGCACCAAAGCCAUCAAACCGAACAUAGGGAAGAAAUUCACGUACACAGAGGAUGGAUACAUAAGUAAUGACUCGUCAGAUGACGAAAACACCCAAAAAAGUGUCAACAAAGAUGCUCAGAAGCAAACCGUUCAACAGAAGAAGGUGUAUCAUAUGGCCAAAAAUGACGCAUUGCUCACAAAGACAUACGUCAUCAUGACGUUUUUAGUGUUUCUGCUGUGGCUUCCUUACUUGGUUGUUACUUAUAUUUUUGUGAAGGACAGGUAUGCCAACAUCAGUGACGAAGUAAUGUUUAUGCUUGUCUUUUUAUGCCAGUGUUCUACACUUGUAAAGCCUGUGGUGUAUGUCACAUAUAACGGCUACUUUAGGAAACAUGUGAUCAAAUUAUUACGAGGUAAAAGAGUCAAACAAACUGAUACUGAAAGUGAUGGACAGACAGACCCACGAGGUUAUGAUAAUUUGGCAGUGGAGCAAUGAAAGUAACAAUGACGUGUUUCGUACGUUCAAAUACACGCAUCGAAAUUUCGGCGCUUUGAAAAUUCCAAAUUAUAUUUAUCAUUUUCUACAUGUAUAUAGAUCUACGAUCUGCAUAUAUGACAUUCUUAACAGCGGUGUACAUAGUGUUUAAGUCAAGUCUUGAAUUUGUUUAACAUAAGACCAAAGAUCUAAUUUCCAUUUCAUUAUAAACCUCAGUCGUAUAACACCCCAUUCCAUUGGUGGUAGAUUAUAAUCAUUACUCACGAAGAGAAGGCUCGAGUUAACUUUAUCUAAUCUAGUGUCUGUCUAUGAAGAACCACUGACACGAUAUGAAAGGGAUUCAGGCAGUGCAAAUGAAGGAGUAUGUCCCAUUUCAAGGGAGAAUAAUGAGGGAAUAGUGAUAAUGGGGUGGGACAUUCAAAAAAAAUAUCAAUCAAAAAUCUUUUCGGGGGCUAUUCGUCCCAUAAGCCCAAUCUUGCAUGCGUCUUCAAAGUUUCAAAGUAUGACCCCUUGGGCAAAAGAGGGACCACAACAAGUGUUCCAGAUUUUACAUAGGAUAACAUACACUGCAUAGGGAUGUCCCUUUAAAAUAUUUACAGUUUGACAUUUAUAGUAUUCAAGCAUCUAUAUGUAGCACAUUUGCUGAUUUCUACUAAUUGCAAGGUGGUUCAGGUGAGCCGUGUGGCCCGGGACCUGUUGCUAUAAGUUGCUUUUAAUUCCAUAAUUUUUAAAAUUUUGAAGGUGUUGAUUGUAGUUUUGCUUUAAUUACUUUCUGGGGUAAUACCCGGGGUUGUUCAAUAUACGUUCCGUGUAUGUUGAUACUAACGCUUGCAAUAUAUACAUGUAUAUGACCUGUAUGACUAAUUCACCGGGACGGAUCUGAUUCACGCAAAAGAAUUACGCUACGUAAGUUAUAUAAUGUGCUUUGUAUAAAUCUCUCAUCCAGAUUCUAGUAUCAGGUUGAGGAAUAUGAUGUGUCGUAUUCAUGAAUAGUUCGAUUAAACAUACAGUUUUAAUUUU